AUGAUGGCAUCCCCUUCAAUCUGCCACCGCUGCGCCCUCCGCAUCCAACGCACCGCCGACCACGCCCUCUCCCAACGAGCCUUUUCAACUACACCCUCCAUCCGCCGCGGCAUCCCAUCUUUCGCAGAGUCCUCCAACCCGGACUUGAACAUCGCCCUCAACACCAUCCGCGAGAAACACUUCAUCCCCUCUUACCUCCGCCGCCGUGAACGUAACCUCAUCUUCGGCGACAAAAACCGUCAAAACCUCAUCGACAACCCUCAAUCCGUCGCCAUCGCCGAUGAAGAAAUCCCCCUUCACUGGCUCGACCGAAAACGAGAAAUCCCCAAUCGAAACAAAGUCGUGACGGAAGCGAUCAACCUCAUCAUCAAUGGCGAGUCAAAAGACUGGCAAAAUUUGCCGGCCUUGAUGCAAGGACUAAAAGAGGGCACGAAGAAACCGCUCAGCGAUGCGUUGAUGGAGAAGAUUAUCCGCAGGGCGGUGUUGAAGGGACGGCUGGGCCAUGCGUUGUUGUGUUUGCAGCAGGCGGCGAGGACGGGGAUGACGUUGAAGAAUGAGGUUGUGUUGAGGUUGGUGGUGCAUGGUUUGAGGGCGGUGCCGCAGGAGCAGGGUUGGGAGAAGGAUUUGUUGGAAAAGGCGGUUAAGAAUGCGAGUGCUGUCGCGGCGUUGUUGGAGAGUGAAGAGCAUGGAGGUGGGACGGUGUUGGUGGAGAAUGAUCCCAGGACGAGAGUGGAGGUGUUGGGCACGUUUUUGGAGUUGGUUGCGGUGUAUGCGUUCAAAUUUCAGGGAAAGAAGGACUCGAAGGAGGGGUUGGUGAAGUCUUAUGCUGAACGGCUGGUGAGCCGAUUGGAGAAGACUGGUGCAAAGGUAUCCCGAAUCCCUACAGUAGAGAAAGGCAUGCAAUGGCCUCUACUACAAGCCAUUCCGAUCUGGCACGGUCUCCACGUGGCGAAACAAGUGCUCGGAGACUCGAUGCCCAACCCCGAACUCGUCGACGAUAUCCUGGCCAAGUACGAACAGAAUAUCGAAAAGGCAGUCGCAAAGCUCGAGUCGAGAGAUCCGCAAGAAGGAUCAUACGAAGAUCAGGCGAUCAUGGCUUGGACGUCAUGUAUUCGGGAUUGA